AAUUCCGAGGGCACCUGUGAGUCUGGAGACAGUGAUUCGGGCGGAGAGGAUGACGACGAAGAGGAGGUUGUUGAGGAGGACGAGGAAGACGAGGAAGCAGACGACGAUGAGGAUGAGGAAG